AUGGAAACAGCUCUAAUGAAAAAAACUUUGCACAAAUAUCAUAAAACUCUGCCAAAUGUUGGAAAAGCCCCUGGUAACAUGUCCACCAUCUCAUGUUCAAAACUGGCUGUAACAUCCAUUGUGUCAGAUCCUCUCGUACUUUCACCAGAAAUAAUAGGUUUAAAUUCUACCAUCAAAAUAAACCCUGCAAAAAAGAGGCCAGGGACUGUCCUAAUAUCAAAACGUUCAAGUAUUGGACCCAUGGCUCAGGAUCAAUGGGAUCGGCCAGUCAUUCCACCAAGAAGACCUGGCUUCCGGGUGUGCUUCAUCUGCGGCAAGGAGUUUGGGUCACUAUCCCUUCCUAUCCAUGAGCCAAAAUGCCUGGAGAAGUGGCACAUUGACAAUGACAAGUUACCAAAGCAUCUUCGAAGACCAGAACCUAUUAAGCCUCAGGCCCUUUCAAGAGGCUCUAAUAAUAAUAUCAAGGCUGGAAAUGGAUUAUCUUCUCAAAGUAAUCAAGUUCUUCUUCUGCCCUGUGAAAACUGUGGUCGCACUUUUCUUCCAGAUAGUCUGCUUGUACACCAACGGAGCUGUAAACCAAAGACCAUCCCUGGGCCUUCACACUUCAGUCCCACUAAAUCUUCUAGAUCCUCGGGCUCUGGUUCUACUUCAACUGUGCCAGACAAGCCUGCAGUGAUAAGGAGGCCUCCAACUGUGAUUUGUUACCUUUGUGGGCGUGAAUAUGGAACUAAGUCGAUAAGCAUCCAUGAACCACAGUGUCUGAAAAAAUGGCACAUUGAGAAUGACCAACUGCCAAAGCAUUUACGAAGACCUGAACCCAAGAAGCCAGAGAUCAGAUCCGUUGGAGCCAAAGGUUACUAUGAUCUUGAUGCUUUAAACGAGUCUGCCUGGAACAGCGCCCAGAGCCAGUUAGUUCCAUGUGAUAUUUGUGGUCGUACCUUCCUGCCAGACAGACGGAUCGUCCACCAACGGUCGUGUAAACCGAAGAUCCCAAAACAAAAAGCCCCUGCUUUCUAUCCAAAAUUUUAA